UUCCUCUCUCUCUGCAAAGUCGAGUUGGCAUUUGGAUUUUGCAGCACGAAAAACGAGAAAUUCCAUAGAUUAAUAAUUUUCAUAUUACACUCAGCCGAAUACAACGACUACGACAACACGACUGCAUACAAAAAAAGACUAGUAAAUGUAUAUGUUAACCAAAUUGCAAGUGUAUUAUAUUAAGUGCGUAUAAUUGCAAAAAAACGGUUUAUUUUUCGUGUGUGUUUGUCUAAAUCAACCAUCAAACAUGCUGUACAAUAAUACGCAAUGGCUUCCACCACAUCAGCAACCGGCAGAACAGCAGCCUCAACCUCCGUUGCAACAGCAACAACCAUUGGGUAGUCAUGCUUCUCAGCAGCAGCAGCAGCCACAACAACCACCGCUGCCGGCGCAUCCCCCGCAGCAGCAACAACAACAACUUUAUGCCAAUCAAAUGUUCCAGCCAACAGCUCAACAACAACCGCCACAAUAUUGGUCAGAGGAGCAAGUGCAUCAACAUCAUUUGCAACAGCAGCAGCCGCCGCCGCAGCAGCAGCUACAGCCACAGCCACAGGCAAUGAACUAUAAUUAUUUUGCGGCUACUCAAACUGCAGUGCCUACGCCUAAUCAGCAGCAACAACACCAACAGCAGCAGCAACAACAACAACAGCAGCAGCAACAGCCGGCGACAACUCAACAAUUUUUCUAUCCGCCUCAACCUGUUCAAUCUCAACCUCAGCCAGGUCCUGUUUUGGAUUCAUUCGAACAUAAUAAUGGCAACAAUGAUGGUUGGGGCGAUUGGGGUGAUUGGAAUGAUAGUGCCAAUAACAGCAACAACAACAAUAACUCCAACAUCCAAAAUGAAUCACUAAGCGAACAUCCUAGUAAUGUGGCAGCAGCUGCUGCCAACAUUGUGGAGGAUGCCUUCAAUGUCAAAGGCCAAGGCAGUUGGCAAGCCUUUGGUCAAACAUCUGUCGCUGCUAACAACAACAACAACAAUAAUAGCAUUAAUGUGGAACACCACCAUCAACCGCCUCCGCCGCCACCACCUACAGUGCCACUUGAACUGGGCCAGGAACCAGAAAUUGAUGCCAUUGUGCCACCUCAAGCCUUUCAAAAUCAACCCAUAUCAGUAGCUCCGCCAAUGGCAUUACCAGAGAGUAUCGGGGCAACACCAACUAUGGGCGCUGCUGGUGGCGGAAAUCCAUUUAAGCGCUCAACUGGUCCCAGUCAAAGGGUGAAUAUAUUGGCGGCAACUGCCGCCCAACCACCAAAUCCACCUCAACCACAACCAUCAUCGUUAGCAUCAUUACCAACAUCCACCAUUGAUCCCAUGUUUACUGAACCUCCGCCGCAUGUGGACACUACCAGCAUUUUGUCGCUACCUCCAGCUCCAGCGCCACUUGCGAGUUUACCCCCGGUUCCGGCUCCAACUGUUGGGGUCAUUUAUAACCAAGUAUCGCUUCCUUCACGGGUUUCAAAUGCUGCGCCUGCAAUUGAGCCAUCUGACGUGCCAAAGCCAUUCAAUCAUUCAUUUGGCAUUUAUGAAAAUCAGGAAGUUCUGGCCGCACCAAAUGAUGAACGUGCUCAAUAUUUGCAGACUAGCCAUCUAUCCGAACAGCCGACCGAUGCGGCCGACGAUGGUGAAGCCAAUUGGGAGGCAGAUGAUGAUGAUGACCAAUUGUUGCCACCACCUGGUCUCUCGCGGUUAGUGCUAGGGCAACCCGAGUUGGAGCAACAGCGUUUGGUAACCGGGACGGAACAGCCAAUCGCUGUCCAGGCCGUACAUAUGCCGGAACGUCAGGCUGAUGGUGAAGACACAUCUGAUGGUGAGCAAUUGGCGUCGAGGAGUCCACCACACCGUGUGGUUACCGGUGUGGAGACGACAGCUCUUCCAUCUUUGCCCCUUCAACGGGAGCAACGUGAAGUCGUUUUGGACGGAGAAAAUCUUGAGGAUCAAGAAGCGGCAGUGCCAGUCGGAGGUGUGCUCCUCCCCAGUGCAGCCCAGUCCUCAAUACUAGCAGCAGCAGCUUCUGCCAUUUCGGUGGAGCAAUCCAGCGAAGAAAUCACCACGAUUUCUCAACCACCAGCACCAACACCAUCAUCACAGUCACAGCAAAGGAAUCAGCAGCUGCCUACUCGACCCAAACCGCGUUCUGGACACUCAUUAGAACUCGAUUCAGAGGAUGAAUCCGAUGAGCUGCUCCUUAGCGAACGGGAACGAGACAGAGUUACAGCAGCGGAUCAUCGUCGUGACUUGCCAACGGAGGAGCAUCAAAAGCGUCGGUCUGGUCGACGCAGUGGCAGCCAUUAUAAUAACUAUGAUGGUGAAACCGAAGACUCGAUACGUGGCGGUGGUAAUGGUGGUGGCAUCGCUGGCAGUGCUGCUACUGGCUCCAGCCAUGGUGGUGGCGAGGGUAAACCAUCCCGCGAUCGGGACCGUCGCAGUCAUGAUCAACAGCGUAACCGUCGUGGCCUGGAUGCUGAUCAGGAUCGUGAACGGGAACGUAAUUGGCGUAGACGCUCACAGAAAUACCAUAGCGGGGGUGAGGAUCAGGAGCGAUAUGACCAUAGCAAUAGUCGUCGUGGAUACGGGAACAAUAGCAGCUUGUAUGAUGGUGAAUCCGAUGCCCCAGAUAUGGCUGAUCUUGAUGUGGACAACAAUGUUGGAAGCGGUCCUGCCAGCAGCAGUAAAGGUAGUCGCAAUCAAAGACGUAGUGCAGCUGCGGCUGCUGACGAUGACUAUGAUGACUAUGAUCAUCAGCGUGGCCAUUAUCGUGGCGGUCGCAGCGGUGGACCAAAGUCUAGCCUGGAUAAAUCCCGCAGCAGUGGGCGCCGUAGUUACGAGCAACGAGACCGUCGCCUAGAUGAUAGUACCUUAGAACGGGAGCGUGAUCGCCGACGUCGUCAUCAUCCCGAUCAACGGCAUUGGGAUGGUUAUGAGGAGUAUCGUCGCAAAUCAUCGCGUAACAGUGAUCUAGAAAAGGAACGAACCAAUAAUGGUGGUGGCUCCAAUGCCACCGGCGGCUCUAAGCGACGUAGCAACAACAACAAUAGUAACAACAAUACAAGCAGCAGCAAUUAUGAUCCUUAUACGGCAUCGCCAGCGGCCUAUGAUCCAUAUGGAAUGUAUGAGCAAAUGUCUAGAAAUCCUCAUGCCUAUGCCGAUAUGUAUGCCAAAUUCUAUGGCCAAAUGUUUAAUAAAAUGUUAUUAAAUAAUGUUGCCGCUGUUGCCCAGCAACAACAACAUCAUCAGCAGCCGCAGCAGCAGCAACAUCCUCAUAGCUUAGAUGCAGCUGCCGCAAAGCAAUUUGUGGCCGCGGCUGCUGCCCAAGCCCAAGUUGCAGCGGCUAAUAUUGCUCCUGGAAGCGAAGCUGCUCUGCUAAGAGAACGUGAGCGGUAUACACAUGCAUACAUAAACCAAGCCAAUGAAUUCCAUCGUCUCCAUCAACGUCAUCUCCAUCAACAUCAUCUCAACAACAACAACCACAACUAUACGGAUCUGCUAAACGCCAGCCUAAUCGAUGAUGCUUCAAGCCUCUAUGGCGGUGAAUCUCAGCACAGCAGCCGAAGAUUGAUAACACCGAAUGCCUAUGGCAUUAGCCUCUCAAGUGCACGAUCUCUCAGUAAUCUCAGUAUCGGCGGUGGCGAUGCACUCAACGGACGCAGCAGUUCACGAUGCGGCGGCGGAGUCGGAGGCGGCGGUGGAUUAUCAUAUGCGGGCGUCUAUGCUAGCUCCGAAUGCGGCCUUGAUAUCAGAGCUGAAAUUGCUGGGGAUGUGAGUUCAACAAUUCCCGGCUAUGCCUCAGCAGCAACACCAACACCAUUGCAAGGAGGAAUGGAAGUGGCCCGACCACCAAGACGUCGUACACCGCUUCAAUUCAAUCGUCCCCAUUUGGUUGCCUCAUAUGCCAUGAGUUUGUUAUUGAAAGUGAAACCCAAAUACGCUGGACGGGGUCGUUUGCGCAACGAUGUUGAGGUGGCAGCUCCCCGGAUUAAGGAUGCCACGAGCAGCCUAUUCCGCUCCUAUCCUGGACCAUUGCAGGGACGUAAAUUGCACAAGGAUAAGAUAAUUAGUUUCUGUAAGGAGCAAAUACGUUUGGGACCAACGCGUCAGUGUACCGUGCUCUAUGCCACACAAAAGAAACCGCAAGGAAAUGUGGAUAAAUAUCGAGCAUCUCAUGCCUUGAUGUGGAAUCUAUUGAUAUUGCUAUUGCGUCAGAAUGGGUAUAUUGCUGACACCGAUGUGGGUGAUUUAUUGCUGGAGAAUCAACACGAGUAUCCAUAUUCGCCAACGGAAGUGGACAACGAAAUGGAAACAGAGAACGAGGUGGAAGGAGACACUACGGAGCUACAAGCAACGGAAGCCAGUGAAAAUUUAGAUGCCAGCGAUGCUGCUGCUGCUCAACAACAGCAACAAGUACAUCAAGGCGAUGAUGUUCAUUCGGGUCCUCCCAGUGGAAAUCAACCAGUAUCUGAGCAGGCAGCCAUCGAUCAAUUUCGUAGUUAUGUGUUGCGUGGCAAUGUUGAGGAGGCCCUGCAAUGGGCCACCGACAACAAUCUGUGGACACAUGCAUUCUUCUUGGCCCUGUACGAGGAUCGCUAUGCCUUGACCGAUGUGGCCCAAAAGUUUCUCAACAAAGCCAUCAAAGCGAACGAUCCAUUGCAGACUCUAUACCAAAUGAAGAGCUGCCAUACGCCGGCCUGUGUUAGCCAGCUGAAAGAUGAACAAUGGGGCGAUUGGCGUUCCCAUCUCUCCAUUUUGGUCACAAACAAGUCACGUCAGCCCGAAUACGAUCGCAGUUCGGUAGUGGCUCUGGGCGACACAUUGUUCCAACGCGGUGAUAUCUAUGCGGCACAUUUUUGCUAUCUGGUGGCCCAGGAGGAAUUCGGACGUUAUGAUAGUACGGCCACCGAGCAGACAACUCUCACUGCUAAUGUGCCCAAAUUGAUACUGCUGGGUGCCUCACAUUACAAGCAUUUCAAUGAGUUUGCCAGCAAUGAGGCCAUUAUAAUGACCGAAAUCUACGAGUAUGCCCGUUCGCUUUUCGAUCAGAAGUUCAGCAUUGCCAAUUUCCAGCAUUAUAAGUUUCUAUUGGCCACACGCAUUCUUGAUUAUGGACAGCAUUUCCGUUGUACUAACUAUUUAGAGCAAAUCGCCAGACACAUUGAGAUCAAACCGGAGAGCUAUGACAGCGAUUUCAUUCAGAGGGUUUAUAAUCUGGCCGAACGUUUACGCUAUCAUGAUCCCAUAUUGAUGAAUCGUGUAUUCUUUGCCAGUCCUCCGAAUGCGGCUGCCAAUGGCAGCAGCAGCAGCAACAACAACAAGGAUACAUUAUCGGAGGAGAAGACUUGGUUGCGUCAGUUGCGUGCAUUAGCCGAUACAACGACUUAUCCUCAACAACAACAACAACAGCUGCAGAACGACAUCGAUCAGCAAUUUGCGGAGGUAAACAAACAGUUUCGUGAACUGAAUAUGCAAUAUGAUGACACAUUGCAAGUGGCCAAGGAUGCAGCCCAACCAACUGAUCUUCAGCAACAGCCAAAUGUACAGCAGCCGGAGUAUUAUGAGCAACCACAUCCAGAGCAGGAAACGCUAAACGAUCCUAAUGGUCAACUACAGCAGCAGCAGCCGCAACAGGCACAAGUGGUGCCUCCUCCUAUGUUCUACGAUCCAAGUGCUGUGCAACAACAAGCUGCCACCGGACAGUAUGGACACAUUGAGCCAUCUGUUGAAGCAUAUGGUGGACAGCCACUUGAGCAGCAGCAGCAGCAUCAUCAGCAGCAACCGCAAGAUCCAUCUCUCUAUGGGCAGCCAGCAGCAGCGACAACUGGCGCCUAUGAUUAUUGGGCGGGAACACAACAGCCUCCAUAUGGUGAUGAGCUAUCGCAUAUGGAAAGCAAUGAAAAUAAAAAUGAUACAACAAUCAAGGAUGUAGUGAAGCGACAACCACAGCAACAGCAACAGCAAUUAGAGGAAAAGCCACAGCAACAAAUAAACUCAUCGCGAUUCAAGGCAAAUGCAUUAAAACUGCCCCCUGCUCCGAAACCCUCGUUAAAACAGUUGAAUAAUUUAAACACAUUGGAAAGAGAUAAUAAUAAUAAGAAUAAAUCGGGAACUGAAAUGGGAAUUGUGCGAAAAUUUCAAUUUGGCAGGCAACAACAGAUAAGAUUGUCUACAACAACAGUGACACCACCAACAGCAGCAGCAACAACAACAACAACUGCAGCCAAGGCAUUCAAUUUGAAUGAUCAUCAGCAUCAACAAGCGCGUCCGGCCAUUUCAAUGCCAAAAUCGAAGAGCUAUGAUGAUGACGAUGAUACGAAUAGAGGAGCAGAUGCUACAAAUGAUGCCAAACCGUCUGCCGGAGCUGGCAAGCCACAAUCUGUUGGUGGUGCAGGCGCUGGAGGUCGUGAUCUUGGGUAUGUAAAAAGUCACACGAGAUAUUUUUCUGGGACAAACAUCAUCGUGAAAAUCUUUAAUUUCAGGGCACCGGGCAAUCAGAAUGCUGGCUGGUUUGGUGGUCUAUGGAAUAAGCUGUCACUGAAACCGAAAAAUCAAAUGAUAUUACCCGAUGAUAAGAAUCCCACAAUUGUCUGGGAUAAAGAGCGUAAAUGUUGGACCAAUACCGAGGGUAAUGCCGAUGAGCAAGAAAGUUUUAAGCCACCGCCAAAGAUGAGCGAUAUGGGUUUGGCGGCAGCAUCGGCUCCGGCGGGAGCAGUUCCUCCUUCAGGACCACCGGCUCCACCAAAUGUAAUAGCCGCAAAUACCAAUUCAUGGCCUCAGGAAACGCUGCAGCAAUCGCAAGUUUAUGGUGCAAAUCCCAUGGAAUAUGCAGCACCGCCAGCUGUUGCUUCUGCUGUUCCCACAACCAUGCCAGAUGCCUAUGGAGCAGCAGCUGCAGCAGCACCAACAGUAGCUCCAUUGCCAGUAGUGAAUCCAGCACCAACAUCUAACGCUCCAGCCGUUCCUGGUGGAGCACAACCCAAAUUGACAUCAAACAUUUUCAAAAUGCAACGCAAUCGCACCCUGAAGAAUUCCUAUGUUGAUGUGUUCAAUCCAUCGGGAGCACCCAUGUCUGCAGCGCCGGAAAAUGUAUUGGCUCCGGUUAUUGCACCAGCGGCUGUACCUCAGGGCGGUUACUUUGUGCCAGGACAGCAGCAACACUAUCAACAGCAGCAGUAAAUAGGAUAAGAGCACUGAAUAGGUUUAGCGGGAGACCAAGAAAUUUAUGGAAUAGGCAUAGAAUGUAAUGGAGUCUAGAGCAAUGAAUCACUUUGAGCUACGUACGACACAUUCACACACAUACACCCACACACACACACACACAACUGUUCUUUGUCUGUUUAUAUAUUGAGUCGUCCCCCUAUUAACAAAAUCGACUUUUUCUACUAUAUAUGUAUGUGUGUGUGCUGCUGUUUUCUAUAUGCAUACAUGCAUAUCUAUAUAUAUAUGUAUAUGUAGUGGUUUGCACGACUUUCAAUGUGUGUGCGGUUGGAAAAUGUUUAGCAAGAGAGAGAGAGGAGAGGUGCACAGAAAAAAACAUAAAAUUAUAUAUGUUUAUGUACAUUUUCUAUAUAUGUUCUUAUUUAUGUUUAAACAUUCGCCUAUACCCAACUAAUUGAUGGAUCGAUCAAUUGAACGAUCCAUCUCCUAUAUAUAUACAUAUAUAUUUACUUUUCCCUUUGUAUGUUGCAUAGUUUUUAUUAUCUAGGUAGAAAUCAACAAAUGAUACAAGAAUAAUAAAUAAAUUCUUUCAAGACAGGCAAAAGUAAACACAAGACGAAAAACAAGAAUAAAAGGGGAAGCGGAGAGCAAGAAAAUUCACGAAAUACUUUCAAUUUGUACGCCAAUCGCCUAUUCCCUUUACUUCCCCAUUGCAUGUAUUUUUUUGUAUAACAAAUGUUUAAACUUAAAAAAAAUGCGUGCGAAAAGUUUGUCUAUCUAGAUGGGUGUGUGUUUAUGAUUAUUAUUUUUUUUUAUUGUUAAUACAUGCAUACAUGAAAUUUAUACUUCUAUAUAUAUAUUGUUUAUAUGCAUAUAUAUAUAUAUAAAUACAACUAUUCCAAUUUCUGUUUUAGAGCAAUUUA